CGAUCGGUUUAAUGAUUCCGUCGCUGUUCUCGCGGGAGUGAAACCGGGUGAGAAGAUUUUGUCAGAGAGCAAGAUUGGGGAUCUGAAAACCUGGCUCAGCGCGACAAUCGCUGAUCAGGAAACCUGCCUCGACGGAUUCGAGGGGACGAGUGGGGGUUUCAGGGAGAAACUGGAGGCGGCGAUGGUGAAUUCGUCGCAGCUAGCCAGUAAUAGCCUCGCCAUCGUUUCUUCAAUUUUGGAGAAGCUGCAUUUUCCCAUCAAUCGGAGGUUACUGUCGGCGGAGGGAGCCGGCAGAGGGCUUUUACCGGAAUGGGUGACGGAGGUGCAGAGGAGGGUUUUGUUUUCAGACCAGACAACGGCGAACGUCACGGUGGCGCAGGAUGGAACGGGGAAGGUGAAGACAGUACAGGAGGCGGUGGAUCUGGUGCCGAAGAGGAAUCCGAGCCCAUUUGUGAUUUAUGUUAAAGCAGGUGAAUACAGAGAGGUGGUGAAUAUCGAUAAGAACAAGUGGAAUGUAGUGAUUGUCGGCGACGGCAUGGAUAAGACGAUCAUUACCGGUAACAAGAACUUCAUUGAUGGAACUCCUACCUUUUCGACUGCAACAUUUG